GUAACUGUUCUCCAGUAGCCAACAGCCAUUAUCACAAUACAUAAUCUCAGUGAGAACACUCCGGAAUCGUCAGUUGAUCAGAAGUGGUGGGCGAUUGAACAGUGUACUAAACUAAAAAUCAGUCAAAUGUGACAAUAUUGUGCGACGCUUACAAAUGAGUGCUGUAUUGAGAGUGGUAGUGAUUAUAGGGGUCGCAUUUUACGACCCAACCGUGGCCCAAAAUGCGUACGAAUCGAUGAGCUUUCCCGAAUGGAUCGAUAACUUCCCAGGAAUUAGUGAAAUUAUCAACAAUCUCACACAGCUAAUUGAUGCGAACUCCGCAAAUGUGACACAAUGUGAACUACAGUUGCAAUACUUGCAACAAAGUAUCGUACCAAAGCCGCAAUUCUGGGCUUUACAAAUGCUCGACGCAUGGUCCAAGCUACCAGCUGGAAUUUUCCAGGGCAAUACGGUGGACUUCGGUAACUAUGAUGAGUGUCAUAAGGUGGAGCAUGUGGCGAGCAACGAAACUAUUGGUCUAAUCAAGGGUCGUUAUUGCACGAUGAUGAUCCCCUUGGAAUUAGGCAGCAUUUAUCAGCGUCAAUUUCCUUCAGACAACAGCAAAGCAAACAUGCUGCAAUUGGGAACGUGCUUUCCAACCACGUGCUCAGCGGCUCAGCUUAAUUCAAUAUUCAACGGCUCAUCCGUGGGGGCGCUGACCCUGCCGGAGAUAACGUUUACGUGUGAAGCUCCAUCACCAGCCCUAGGAACUAAAGAAAUUGUGGCAAUAGUCAUCUUCGGUAUAGUGGCUGCUCUGCUACUAUUUAGUACCCUAUAUGAAGUGGCGAUGCUGAUCUCGUCAAAUCAAUCUAAUCCAAAUUGGGCUAUGUUCUCGAUAUACUCCAAUGGAAUAAAAUUAUUCAGAAUUAGCGAACGACAGUCACGCAGUCAAGUGAAAUCCAACCAAAUUGAUUGCUUGAAUGGAAUCCGCGUCAUUUCGAUGGUUUGGAUUGUAUUCUGCCACAACUACAUGAUGCAAAUGGUGAAACCUUCUGUUAACAAAAUUGGUAUUUAUGAUUGGAUCAAAUCGUACCACAGCAUGUUGGUAGUGGGCGGAACAGUAUCGGUGGAUUCAUUCUUUCUUCUCAGUGGACUACUCGUCUGUUGGACUCUUCUAAAAGAGCUUGACAAAAGUCGCAAGCUGAAUCUUCCAGCAAUGUAUUUACAUCGAUAUCUUCGUCUCACUCCAGCUCUAGCAGCUCUGAUACUAAUUGGUUCAACGUUGCUGAAAUACGUUGGUUCUGGUCCUUUGUGGAAAAAUUCAGUCACACUUAUGGAGAACGCUUGUCAUAAGUAUUGGUGGUCUGCUCUUCUCUACCUUCAGAACUACGUCAAUCCAACGGAGAUCUGUAUGGGCCACACAUGGUACCUAUCCGUAGAUAUGCAUCUCUUUGUUUUAUCACCACUAAUAAUCUACCCACUGUGGAGGUGGGGUAGAAGAGCAAUUUACGCCAUCGCAGUUCUAAUAGCAUUGUCUAUGGGAUGUGUUAUAGCAGCAAUGCUUUUGAAUAACCUACGGUUAGCUUUCGUAGACAGCGGCAAGCAUCCACCAGACAGAAACCGACAAGUUCUGGUGUACUACCCUACUCACAUUAGGAUGGGAGCUUGGCUGAUCGGGGUGAUCCUUGGCUACAUCUUGCACUCAACCAAGCAACGAAUAGUACGGCUAUCCAAAACCGUCGUCAUAUCUGGAUGGCUAGUCUCCCUAACUAUUAUGCUUGCCAUUCUACUAGGAGACUACCCGUUGCAGCAACCGGAUACCUACGAAGAGCAUCCGGUGAUCGUAGACGCCAUUUAUGAGUCCACCAACCGAAUAGUGUGGGCCGGAUGCCUCGCAUGGAUCGUCUUCGCCUGCGUAAACGAGUACGGAGGUCCAGUCAACACAUUUCUUAGUUUAUCAAUAUGGCAACCGCUGGGCCGGUUGUCCUACAGUAUCUACUUGUUACAUUUGCCAGUGCAAACAAUGCUUUUGGGAUCACUCAGAAAUGCGGGAUAUUUUUCCGACAUCGUUGCAGCGCACAGCUUCUGGGGAGACUUUGGUCUUACAAUCACGGUGUCGAUACUAUGGUGCCUAGCGUUUGAAUCUCCCAUCGUCGGAUUAGAGAAGAUUCUUUUAAAAGGAUUGACCAAAACUAAAUCAAAUAUAGUAUUAGUUGGAGAGCAGAAGACUGACCAUCAUGGAUAUGGAUCAACGGAAAACAUCAUAACCAGAGAACAAGUGUAAGAAUGGUUUUAAUAAUUAAACAAACUCAACUAAUUGGUUUUAUGCAUUUUUAUUA